AGAUUUUGUUGUUGAAUCAGAGAUGGACGGUGGUGGUAAUAAUGGUGGUGAAUUGAUUGUCAAUAAACAGAGGGCUAUGUUACCCAACAAAAGUAGGGGUGAAUUUGUCCGUAAUCAAAGAAAAGACUUGGAGGUAAGGAAGAAAAAUUAUGGUUUAUUGAAUUACGUUCUGUAUCAUAAAUGCAUCGUGUUUGUGCUGUCAACAAGCCUAACUAGAACUAGCUAAGUUAGCAAAUUUACUAGUCGAUACCUGCUGCUAGCUAACGUUACUUGAAUUAUUGAGCCCCCAGUCCGUUUUCACCCAUUACAACUGUUCUGAUGGAUAGCUAACUAGCUAUGUAACUAAAAUGCGCUAUUAGGAUUGUUAUCCCUGAAUUUGAAACUGCCACUUGUCCAACGUUAACUAGUUAACGUUAGUUAGUUUAUGUUACCGGCUAACAUUAGUAACUACAGUAGCUAAAUUAGUUAGGUGGCUAGCCCAAAAAUGGACUAAAGGAGCUUAACGUUACUCCACUUUGGUUAAUCCUUUAUAUUCCAAGGACCUUACAUGUUCUAUUGAGAAUUGGCUCUGCAAGCCAAAACAGCCAAAUACAGCAACAUUUUCUACGUGACUCGAUUCUCAGUUACUGUAAGGUUCUAGAAACAUAGCUAAAUCCCUACCCUCUACAUAAUCACAUCAAAAUAAUUUCACAAUAGCAAAAUACACACUUACUGUAAAAUCUCAUUUUAUUUGUCACAUACACCGAAUACAACUGGUGUAGACUUUACCAUGUACAUGUAAGGACCCUUCCCAACAAUGUAGAGUUUAAAAAUUAAAUGGUAAUACUGUGUGCCACCCUCUUGAAUUUACUUAUAUUUAACUACUAGACCAGUGAGUAAACACGAGGAAUAAUAUAAAAUACACAAGAAUGGAGCUAUAAACAGGGAGUACCAGUACCAGAUCAAUGUGCAGUGAAUUCGGAAAGUAUUCAGACCCCUUGAUUUUUCCUAAUUUUGUUACGUUACAGCCUUAUUCUAAAAAUGAUUAAAUAAAACAUGAUCCUCAUCAGUCUACACACAAUACCCCAUAAUGACAAAGCUAAAAAAGGUUUUUAGAAAUGUUUGUACAUUUAUUACAAAUAAAAAAACAGAAAUACCUUAUUUACAUAAGUAUUCAGACACUUUGCUAUGAGACUCGAAAUUGAGCUCAGGUGCAUCCUGUUUCCAUUGAUCACCCUUGAGAUGUUUCUACAACUUGAUUGGAGUCCACCUGUGGUAAAUUCAAUUGAUUGGACAUGAUUUGGAAAGGCACACACCUGUCUAUAUAAGGUCCCACAGUUGACAGUGCAUGUCAGAGCAAAAACCAAGCCAUGAGGUUGAAGGAAUUGUCCGAGACAGGAUUGUGUCGAGGCACAGAUCUGGGGAAGGGUAACAAAAAAUGUCUGCACCAUUUGAAGGUCCCCAAGAACAUAGUGGCCUCCAUCAUUCUUAAAUUAAAGAAGUUUGGAACCACCAAGACUCUUCCUAGAGCUGGCCAAACUGAGCAAUCGGGGGAGAAGGGCCUUGGUCAGGGAGGUGACCAAGAACCCGAUGGAGAGUUCCUCUGUGGAGAUGGGAGAACCUGCUUUUAUGUUAGUGGCCAGACGGAAGCCACUCCUCAGUAAAAGGCACAUGACAGCCCACUUGGAGUUUGCCAAAGGCACCUAAAGGACUCUCAGACCAUGAGAAACAAGAUUCUCUGGUCUGAUAAAACCAAGAUUGAACUCUUUGGCCUGAAAUCCAAGCGUCACGUCUGGAGGAAACCUGGCACCAUCCGUACGGUGAAGCAUGGUGGUGGCAGCAUCAUGCUGUGGGGAUGUUUUUCAGCGGCAGGGACUGGGAGACUAGUCAGGAUCGAGGGCAAGAUGAACGGAGCAAUCUAACCUGACAGAGCUUGAGAGGAUCUGCAGAGAAGAAUGGGAGAAACUCCCCAAAUACAGAUGUGCCAAGCUUGUAGCGUCAUACCCAAGAAGACUCGCGGCUGUACUCGCUGCCAAAGGUGUGUCAACAAAGUACUGAGUAAAGGGUCUGAAUAUUAAUGUAAAUGUAAUAUGUCAGUUUUUUUAUUUUUAAGAAAUUUGCUAAAAUGUCUAAAAACCAGUUUUUGCUUGGUCAUUAUGGGGUAUUGUGUGCAUAUUGAUGAAUAAAAAAAUUAAAAGUCAAGGGGUCUGAAUACUUUCCGAAUGCACUGUAUUUGUGUCUGUGCUCCAACACAGGGCUUCUCCGAGUCUCCAGACCUUGAGUUUGAGUAUGCCGAUACAGACAGGUGGUCUGCUGAACUGUCAGGUGAUGUAUUACUGGACACUCCUUUAUUGUUUUUUCAUUUUGACCUCUGUGACAGGUUCUCUUGUGAAUUUGGUACCAACUAUGCCUACAUAUCUUCUCCAGAGCUAUACAGUUACACUGAAGGACCAGAAUUUCUUCUCAACAGAAAAUGCUUUGAGGAGGAAUUCCGAACUCAUGGUAUGUACCUUAUCGACUUGAAUGCAUUGUCUUCCUCCAGUGUGGUUAUAUAGUACCUCUGACUGACAGUGUUUUGCUCCUGUCUCAGUGUCUGACAAGAAAUGGACCGAGCUGGAUGUGUCUCAACACAGAGCUCACGCCAUGCGUCUACUGGACGGCCUGGAGGUGAUCGCCAGGGAAAAGAGGCUGAAGGUGUCUAGGGCCAUCCUCUACAUGGUUCAGGGUAGGUCCUCAGCACUCAACCGUUUAGUAGCCUGCGUUGAAUAAAGAUGCCUGUGAAGAGACAGCUGUUGCCGUAUGUUUUUAUAGUGAUGCAAACAGUGUUUCAGCACUAAAGUCAUGUUUCCUACCUGUGGCUCUACAGGGACAUUUGCGGAAUGCAGCUCUGAGGCAGAAGUUCAGCACUGGAUGAGGUACAACAUCUUCCUGCUGCUGGAUGUUGGCACCUUCACUGCCCUGGUGGAGCUGCUCAACAUGGAGGUUGAGUAAGUUGGAACUACAAAUCAUUGAGAUGUCAUUGUUUUUGGGAAGAGUUUUUUUGCUACACAAAAUGUGGUCAAAAUCAGGUUGCUGAUUCUUUCUUUCCUCUUUUCAACCACUCUCCCUCUCCUCUGCUCCCUCUCGCUCUCUCACAGUAACAGUGCUGCCUGUAGCAGUGCAGUCAGAAAGCCAGCAAUCUCCUUGGCUGACAGCACAGACCUCAGGUAAGAUUAGACACUGACUUUCCUGCAGCUCUAUAUAGUUAAACACCAGUGUAUGGGAGUCCUCCUCUGAUGCUGGGGUGUUUUUCUGGUUCCUCAGGGUGCUGCUCAAUAUCAUGUACCUGAUGGUGGCGACCAUCCAGCAGGAGGACCCAGCCGACUCACCUGAGUGGAGGGCCACCAGGGAGACCUUUAAAACAGAGCUGGGUAAGAGUGUGUGUUUCUAUUAGAUAGAAGAAGGGUUUUGUUGAGGAGUAGUUUUGGGCAAUCUGUUAUAACUAGUCUUUGCUCUUUCCCCACUCUCUCCCUCUCUCUCUUCCAGGCGCUCCUCUGUACAACAACGAGCCCAUCUCUGUCAUGCUCUUUGGCAUGGUGACUAAGUUCUGCAGUGGCCACGCCCCCCACUUCCCCAUGAAGAAGGUCCUGCUGCUGCUGUGGAAGAGCAUACUGGUGAGAGAGAUUUUAUCUUAUUUAGCGGAUUAUGGCUAUUCUUAGCCAGGUACUUUUACAUUUACAUUUUUUACAUUUACGUCAUUUAGCAGACGCUCUUAUCCAGAGCGACUUACAAAUUGGUGCAUUCACCUUAUAGCCAGUGGGAUAACCACUUUACAAUAUGUUUUUUUGUUUUUUGGGGGGGGGUAGAAGGAUUACUUUAUCCUAUCCUAGGUAUACACUUUUGGCUUGCAUAUCCAAUUUACAACAUGUCCUCUCCUCUGCCCCAGUUCACCCUCGGGGGGUUUGAGCAGCUCCAGAACAUUAAGGUGCGUAAGCGGGAGGAGCUGCGCCUGCCCCCCCUCCCAGAGGACAGCAUCCGGGUCAUCAGGAGCAUGAGGGCAGCCUCGCCCCCCGCCUCCGCCUCUGACCUCAUCGAACAGCAGCAGAAAAGGGCACGCCGUGAACACAAGGUAACCUCUACCACGCCUCAAUGAAGUCUCAAUGCAGCACAGCAAAGUGAAGGCCACCCCCUGUUUUGACACCUGCUCAAUGUACCAUUCUGUAAGGCUUAUUUGAAAAAUACUCCUCAACCCUAUCCUCUCUAUUACAGUCCCUGAUAAAACAGGACAACCUGGACGCCUUCAAUGAGAAGGACCCCUACAAGUCAGAUGACCCUCGUGAAGAUGAGGAUGACAACGAUGACAAUGACAACUCAAUGGAGGCGGAGCCUUUUCCCAUGGAGCGGGAUGAGGUCAUGCCCCCGCCCAUCCUACAACCCCCCUCAGAGAGGGUGAACUUCCCCAAGGGGCUGCCCUGGGCCCCCAAAGUCAGGUCUGGGGCUGAGGGAGACAUCAGGGAGACAUUUGCUACAGAUUAAUGCUGUUUCUUUAGAUGUGCUUUGUUGUGUUAUGUGUCUUGUAUAAUGUCCCUAAUAGUGUAUGACUAGAAUUUUCUUUUGUUUAAUGCUUUUAUAGGGAAAAGGACAUAGAACAUUUCCUGGAAUCAAGUAGAAGCAAAUUUAUCGGCUAUACGCUUGGAAAGUAAGUUCAGUUGGUGUCUUUUUUACAUUUUUUAUUUAAUAGAGAUGAAAUCUUCUAGAGUUUUAAUCUAUUCAUCUUGAAAAGUCAUUUCUUGUCGAAGAUCCUUGACCUAGAUUUCAUGGUUAUUUUUGUAUUUGUAUUGCAGUGACACAGAUACAGUUGUCGGCCUACCCAGACCCAUCCAUGAAAGCAUCAGAACCCUGAAGCAGGUUAUAUAAUACAGUUAUUAUACAGUACUCAAACAUUUCUCAAACAUUGUGAAACAUGGAUCCAUUUUCUAGAUAUUGCAUAAUAUUGCUGCAUUAUGCCUGAAAGAGAGCCGUUCUCCAGUUGGGCUAGUCUGUGACUCACUGACACCUUUCCCAGUCAGAGGAAUAAGCAGUGGUGAAAGUACUGUAUGUAAGAGCCUACUAUUACUAAUGUGAUGAUUAGAUUGGAUAGUCAUAAUUUAGGCUAAUAAUAUAACUCAAUUACUGUUCAAUGCAGCGUAGAGUAGGGUAUAGGCCUAUCAGAUACAUUUCUUGUUGGCCUUUUAUAAACACAUGUCAUGCAAUUCUACUACACUUUAUAUGAAUGGAGACAUUAGCAGAAUCGUUUUUAAUACUACAAAAAUUACAGGGUAGCCUACUCUGCUGACAUUGACAAAUAGAUCAAUAAAAACGUUGUUGUCUAAUCCAUAUAAUCGGCCUACAAAAAGGGGAGACACAUACAAUAUGACGUCCAUCUAACCUGGAGGAGGAAAUUAUUGUCCAAAAACAAACAAAAGUGGCACUGACCCAAUGAUAAAGACAGUGACUAUGCACACUCACUGGGGAUAUGGCUGAUGUUCUCUGCUGGUGCCAAUAAGAUACAAGGAUACUUACUGUUUGCAGAAUUUUGAUAACUAAAAGAUAGAUUGGAGUAUUUUUAUUGUCAUCUCUUUACAGCAAUAGCCAUUUGCUUUCCAAACAGUUUUUCCACUAUUUGUAUUUUUAAAUAUUGCGAUAUGCUUGGCUAAGUCUCUUUUCACUGACAGUCGCAACUCAACAAUCAUCUUUAGGCCUAUUUGAUAUUUGCCUUGCGCGCUGCCCAAAUUGUGGGCCAUUCCGACUGUAGGCAAUGCGAUUUAAAACAAUACGCAUUCCAUCACACGUGUCCACUUGGACAGAGACUGAGGAAGCCGAAGGGCUGUCUGGUGUCAGGCCAUCUAGCAACCUGACCUAGCAACCUAUCAGUAGCCUGGUCACUGGGAUUUUGAGGGGCAGGUUUAUUAACACUAGAACCGCUGGGCCUCGAUGGACCCUCCUUCAAGCUACUGAUAACAUUCUAACAGUGUAAUUAAUACAUUUCAUAUACAGUGAGGGAUAAAAUGUAUUUGAUCCCCUGCUGAUUUUGUACGUUUGCCCACUGACAAAGACAUGAUCAGUUUAUAAUUUUAAUGGUAGGUUUAUUUGAACAGUGAGAGACAGAAUAACAACAAAAUCCAGAAAAACGCAUCUCAAAAUUUUUAUUUGCAUUUUAAUGAGGGAAAUAAGUAUUUGACCCCUCCAGAAAAACGCAUCUCAAAAAUUUCAUGUGCAUUUUAAUGAGGGAAAUAAGUAUUUGACCCCUCUGCAAAACAUGACUUAGUACUUGGUGGCAAAACCCUUGUUGGCAAUCAGAGGUCAGACGUUUCUUGUAGUUGGCCACCAGGUUUGCACACAUCUCAGGAGGGAUUUUGUCCCACUCCUCUUUGCAGAUCUUCUCCAAGUCAUUAAGGUUUCGAGGCUGACGUUUGGCAACUCGAACCUUCAGCUCCCUCCACAGAUUUUCUAUGGAAUUAAGGUCUGGAGACUGGCUAGGCCACUCCAGGACCUUAAUGUGCCUCUUCUUGAGCCACUCCUUUGUUGCCUUGGCCGUGUGUUUUGGGUCAUUGUCAUGCUGGAAUACCCAUCCACAACCCAUUUUCAAUGCCCUGGCUGAGGGAAGGAGGUUCUCACCCAAGAUUUGACGGUACAUGGCCACGUCCAUCGUCCCUUUGAUGAGGUGAAGUUGUCCUGUCCCCUUAGCAGAAUAACACCCCCGAAGCAUAAUGUUUCCACCUCCCAUGUUUGACCGUGGGGAUGGUGUUCUUGGGGUCAUAGGCAGCAUUCCUCCUCCUCCAAACACGGCGAGUUGAGUUGAUGCCAAAGAGCUUGAUUUUGGUCUCAUCUGACCACCACACUUUCACCCAGUUCUCCUCUGAAUCAUUCAGAUGUUCAUUGGCAAACUUCAGACAGGCCUGAAUAUGUGCUUUCUUGAGCAGGGGGACCUUGCGGGCGCUGCAGGAUUUCAGUCCUUCAUGGCGUAGUGUGUUACCAAUUGUUUUCUUGGUGUCUAUGGUCCCAGCUGCCUUGAGAUCAUUGACAAGAUCCUCCCGUGUAGUUCUGGGCUGAUUGCUCACCGUUCUCAUGAUCAUUGCAACUCCACGAGGUGAGAUCUUGCAUGGAGCCCCAGGCCGAGGGAGAUUGACAGUUAUUUUGUGUUUCUUCCAUUUGCAAAUAAUCGCACCAACUGUUGUCACCUUCUCACCAAGCUGCUUGGCGAUGGUCUUGUAGCCCAUUCUAGCCUUGUGUAGGUCUACAAUCUUGUCCCUGACUUGGCUGGUCAUGGCCAUGGUGGAGAGUUUGGAAUCUGAUUGAUUGAUUGAUUGCUUCUGUGGACAGGUGUCUUUUAUACAGGUAACAAGAUGAGAUUAGGAGCACGUUACCUGUAUAAAAGACACAUGGGAGCCAGAAAUCUUUCUGAUUAAGAGGGGGUCAAAUACUUAUUUCCCUCAUUAAAAUGCAAAUCAAUUUAUAACAUUUUUGACAUGCGUUUUUAUGGAUUUUUUUGUUAUUCUGUCUCUCACUGUUCAAAUAAACCUACCAUUAAAAUUAUAGACUGAUCAUUUCUUUGUCAGUGGGCAAACGUACAAAAUCAGCAGGGGAUCAAAUACUUUUUUCCCUCACUGUAUGCUAUCUCAAAAAUAAUCAUUUGGUUACGUUUAUUAUUGUCUUAUGUAACAUUAAUACAUUAUUAUAAUUUUUUUUUUUUUUAUAUACGCCUGUAUUUUCAUUAGUUUAUCUCAGUGGUUCCCAACCUUUUUCAGUUACUGUACCACCAACUGCCCAAAGUACCCCCUCAUUGGGAUUUUACCAGUAUGCCUAUGGACUCAUGAUUCUUCUCAAGUACCCGUAGGGGUCCUAGUACCCCUGGUUGGGAACCACUGGUUUAUCUUACUGUAGGCUAUAUGUAAAAACACAAAUUCAAGUGUUCAAUACAUUUUAUUUGUGAAGUGUUUUUGUUACAGCUAUGAAAUAGACGCAUAUAUCUGUUGGAACGCGGUAACAUCUUCUUUUUAUAAUGACAAAAUACAAAAAGUAGCCUCUGAGGUGUAGGUUCAGGCAGAGGCUUGGAAUCAGAAGAAUAAUCAUCAGAGAUGUAAUUUCUUCCCCACCGUUGUUUUCAUUCAGAUUUUGUAGCAUAACGCAGCAUGUGCAUCCGUUCGUCUUGGUCUACCUGCUAUUGUAAAUGACGCACGCUCUAACUGUGUACUCCAAGUAGGCCAGAGUAGACUGAUAAAACUACUUGGAUUCGGUGGACUGAUAUAGGGUACAUACCAUUUUGAGAUUAUAAUUAGAAUAAAUCGAUACAAUAGAAUGGCCAGUACUGUUCUUCAUUCAGAAUUGGUGAUGAUAUAAUUAUGCAUGCACAAAAGGUGAUUACAUACAGUGGGGAAAAAAAGUAUUUAGUCAGCCACCAAUUGUGCAAGUUCUCCCACUUAAAAAGAUGAGAGAGGCCUGUAAUUUUCAUCAUAGGUACAUGUCAACUAUGACAGACAAAUUGAGGGAAAAAAAAUCCAGAAAAUCACAUUGUAGGAUUCUUAAUGAAUUUAUUUGCAAAUUAUGGUGGAAAAUAAGUAUUUGGUCACCUACAAACAAGCAAGAUUUCUGGCUCUCACAGACCUGUAACUUCUUCUUUAAGAGGCUCCUCUGUCCUCCACUCGUUACCUGUAUUAAUGGCACCUGUUUGAACUUGUUAUCAGUAUAAAAGACACCUGUCCACAACCUCAAACAGUCACACUCCAAACUCCACUAUGGCCAAGACCAAAGAGCUGUCAAAGGACACCAGAAACAAAAUUGUAGACAUGCACCAGGCUGGGAAGACUGAAUCUGCAAUAGGUAAGCAGCUUGGUUUGAAGAAAUCAACUGUGGGAGCAAUUAUUAGGAAAUGGAAGACAUACAAGACCACUGAUAAUCUCCCUCGAUCUGGGGCUCCACGCAAGAUCUCACCCCGUGGGGUCAAAAUGAUCACAAGAACGGUGAGCAAAAAUCCCAGAACCACACAGGGGGACCUAGUGAAAGACCUGCAGAGAGCUGGGACCAAAGUAACAAAGCCUACCAUCAGUAACAUACUACGCCGCCAGGGACUCAAUUCCUGCAGUGCCAGACGUGUCCCCCUGCUUAAGCCAGUACAUGUCCAGGCCCGUCUGAAGUUUGCUAGAGUGCAUUUGGAUGAUCCAGAAGAGGAUUGGGAGAAUGUCAUAUGGUCAGAUGAAACCAAAAUAGAACUUUUUGGUAAAAACUCAACUCGUCGUGUUUGGAGGACAAAGAAUGCUGAGUUGCAUCCAAAGAACACCAUACCUACUGUGAAGCAUGGGGGUGGAAACAUCAUGCUUUGGGGCUGUUUUUCUGCAAAGGGACCAGGACGACGGAUCCGUGUAAAGGAAAGAAUGAAUGGGCCCAUGUAUCGUGAGAUUUUGAGUGAAAACCUCCUUCCAUCAGCAAGGGCAUUGAAGAUGAAACGUGGCUGGGUCUUUCAGCAUGACAAUGAUCCCAAACACACCGCCCGGGCAACGAAGGAGUGGCUUCGUAAGAAGCAUUUCAAGGUCCUGGAGUGGCCUAGCCAGUCUCCAGAUCUCAACCCCAUAGAAAAUCUUUGGAGGGAGUUGAAAGUCUGUGUUGCCCAGCGACAGCCCCAAAACAUCACUGCUCUAGAGGAGAUCUGCAUGGAGGAAUGGGCCAAAAUACCAGCAACAGUGUGUGAAAACCUUGUGAAGACUUACAGAAAACGUUUGACCUGUGUCAUUGCCAACAAAGGGUAUAUAACAAAGUAUUGAGAAACUUUAGUUAUUGACCAAAUACUUAUUUUCCACCAUAAUUUGCAAAUAAAUUCAUUAAAAUCCUACAAUGUGAUUUUCUGGAUUUUUUUUCCUCAUUUUGUCUGUCAUAGUUGACGUGUACCUAUGAUGAAAAUUACAGGCCUCUCUCAUCUUUUUAAGUGGGAGAACUUGCACAAUUGGUGGCUGACUAAAUACUUUCCCCCCCACUGUAAUUAUUAUUCAUUCGCUUCCCCUCGCUCAUCAACUCACCCAUUUUUCCCCCUUUCUACCCAUCAUACUUUACUUCAUUUAUUUCAUCUGUUAUAUGUUAAAAUUAGUUUCAGUAUAGUUUAGGUUCAGUUUCGAGGCAAUUAUUAGUGUGAUUAUCAACGGCACCUUCAUGUGGAAAAGACCCUACUGUCGGGAGAAGGAGUGGAGCAGACCCUACUGUCGGAAGAAGGAGUGGAGCAGACCCUACUGUCGGGAGAAGGAGUGGAGCAGACCCUACUGUCGGGAGAAGGAGUGGAGCAGACCCUACUGUCGGGAGAAGGAGUGGAGCAGACCCUACUGUCGGGAGAAGGAGUGGAGCAGACCCUACUGUCGGGAGAAGGAGUGGAGCAGACCCUUCUGUCGGGAGAAGGAGUGGAGCAGACCCUACUGUCGGGAGAAGGAGUGGAGCAGACCCUACUGUCGGGAGAAGGAGUGGAGCAGACCCUACUGUCGGGAGAAGGAGUGGAGCAGACCCUACUGUCGGGAGAAGGAGUGGAGCAGACCCUACUGUCGGGAGAAGGAGUGGAGCAGACCCUACUGUCGGGAGAAGGAGUGGAGCAGACCCUACUGUCGGGAGAAGGAGUGGAGCAGGCCCCACUGUCGGGAGGAGUGGAGCAGACCCUACUGUCGGGAGAAGGAGUGGGAACGGGAGAAAAACAUUCAAAAAAUGACAUGCGCUCCUAAAACUGGUUAUAACUCCAGUUCUGUUUGUGAAUUAAGAUUCUAACAACAGUGUGUUAUAGAUUUAUUUAGGAAAAGUCAAGGACGGAGGGGGCAUGACUUAAAAAAAUGGCAGUAAUAAAAGAAUUAACAUCAUGAGCUUUAGCGGUUCUAUAGUGUUAACCCCCAGUCUCUCUGGCACUGUCGGGGGUUGGGUGGAGUGAGCUGUGAUGAGAGGGACAGCACCACUGGUAGUGGGAAUACUUUACAAUGACAGUUGUUUCUAUUUCCUUGCAGCAUAAGUACAUCUCUAUAGCUGAGAUUCAGAUUGCCAAGGAGGAUGAGUUUCAGAAAACUCCACUGUCAGGGGUGAGUGCCAAUGCAUAUCACUGGUAUAUAUGUUGGAAUAUCACUGUCCUAGAGAAAGGGCAAUGUGUUUAAUUAAAAAAGUAUUCUCUUCCAUGUUUUGUGUUUGUUUAUAGGGGGAAGAGGAUGUGGAGAUGUGCUCCACUGAGCUGCUAUACCAGGGCAUUCUUCCCAGCUUGCCUCAGUACAUGGUGAGUGUUCUGCUCCUCUUGUAUACUGAACCCAGGUCUCCAGUCCAUUUCUAUGACCUCUAACCCUUUGCAGAAUUGACCUGUGACACUUCUCCCUCUCAGAUUGCCCUGCUGAAGAUCCUGCUGGCGGCUGCCCCCACCUCCAAGGCCAAGACAGACUCCAUCAACAUCCUGGCAGAUGUGCUGCCUGAGGAGAUGCCGUGAGUCAACUGUUUGAUUUGAAAGGGAGCUGUGUUUCGUUGAGUUCCAACUGAAAUUGUUUGAUUACUUUAAUACUGUAUCUGCAGGACCACGGUGCUCCAGAGCAUGAAGCUUGGUGUGGAUGUUAACCGCCACAAGGAGAUCAUUGUUAAGGCCAUCUCUGCCAUCCUGCUGCUGCUUCUCAAACACUUCAAACUCAACCACGUCUACCAGGUACUGGCAACCCACACUCAACCACUACCACCACACACAGGCAAACUCUCUCAAACCCUGAAUUAGCCUCAUCUACCAAGUAUUGAUAACCACUUAAAAUAAAUAAAUAAUAUGCCAUUUAGCAGACGCUUUUAUCCAAAGCGACUUACAGUCAUGCGUGCAUACAUUUUUGUGUAUGGGUGGUCCCGGGGAUCGAACCCACUACCUUGGUGUUACAAGCGCCGUGCUCUACCAGCUGAGCUACAGAGGACCACAUAAUGACCACUUAAUAGGAGUGGUCAUUUCUCACAAGCACCAUAAACUUGUGAGUGGCCUUCCCUUGCCUUACCCUUCUGUUUCUUGUGUUGCUGUUUUUUACAGUUUGAGUACAUGGCUCAGCACCUGGUGUUUGCCAACUGUAUUCCUCUCAUUCUCAAGUUCUUCAACCAGAACAUCAUGUCUUACAUUACAGCCAAGAACAGGUACGUUGGGGAAUUUUAGCCAUUCCAAGUCCCUGAUUAUCUGUGACCCUUUUAGUAAUCACCUCUCAUUCUCUUUCCGGCAGUAUUUCUGUGCUGGACUUCCCUUACUGUGUGGUGCAUGAGCUCCCUGAACUUACUGCAGAGAGUUUGGUACGUUUCACACUCCAUCCCUCACAGAAUUGAAAUACCGAUUGUAAUAUCUGAACUCAAACACUUAGGCAAUGUAUUUGUAGAAGGGUGGGAUAACACCAGGGUACCUAAUGGAAAUGUUACAGUAGUCUAAGGUUGGAGGUGAGGUGUUGGUACCCAAUGGCUGGUUUGUCUAUGUUAUACAGGAGGCUGGCGACAACAACCAGUUCUGCUGGAGGAACCUGUUCUCCUGUAUCAACCUGUUGAGGAUCCUCAACAAGCUGACCAAGUGGAAGCACUCCAGAACCAUGGUGAGGGAGAGACCCACCCACCCAAAACAAUACAGUUACUCUUAUUCACUAGGACAGAGAUCAGUUUUGGAUUCUAUUAGAUCAUAAUUGCAUACCUCGCACUUCUCUCUGUCAGAUGCUGGUGGUGUUCAAAUCUGCUCCCAUCCUGAAGAGGGCGCUGAAGGUCAAACAGGCCAUGAUGCAGCUGUACGUCCUCAAGCUGCUCAAAGUGCAAACCAAGUACCUGGGCCGCCAGUGGAGGAAGAGCAACAUGAAGACCAUGUCUGCCAUAUACCAGAAGGUCCGCCAUCGCCUCAAUGACGACUGGGCCUACGGUAACGGUGAGUAACGCUGUCAACACCAAAAUCAACCCGGAAAGUGUCCAUUGAGUUUUUCAGUCAGUGAUUGAUAUGAUGAUUGGGAGCCUCAUAUCUCUUAUCACAGACUUAACUGUGAAACAUUUCCCCACAAUGGCUGUGAACUGUUAAAUUUAAGCACCCUAUGUAGCUCAGGGUAUGUCAGGUUAAAAAGAGAACCCCAAGUAUUGAGCUUCUAUGUUUCUUUGACAGCAGACCUGGAUGCGCGGCCCUGGGACUUCCAGGCAGAGGAGUGUGCUCUGCGCGCCAACAUUGAGCGCUUCAACAGCCGCCGCUACGACAAGAACCAGAGCAACCCUGACUUCCUGCCCGUGGACAACUGCCUGCAGAGCGUUCUGGGACAGCGCGUCGACCUGCCGGAGGAUUUCCAGAUGAACUAUGACCUCUGGCUAGAGCGAGAAGUCUUCUCCAAGCCCAUAUCCUGGGAGGAGCUUCUGCAAUGAUAACAGGGCUAGGGCUGGGUGGUGGUAGGUGGUGCUAUAGGGAGGUUUUCUGAACACACCUCCCAAGGUGGCAACACUAGUCUACAUCUCCACAUCUUUAAGUGCUGAAAAAGCAUACCUUUUACAGCAUUCAUAGAGCACUGGAUUUGGUUCUGAAAAUUAUGCAGACAAGAGUCCCCAUAACAAACAUGAUCCAUGUAUUGUCACCUCAUGCAGAGAGGAAUAACAGUCAGUAAAGAGGAGUAACAGUCAGUAAGG